CUUUAAUGGCAGUUUGUAUGCGUUUUAGUUCAUGUUCUCUUUUCUCUCUCACGCACUCUCUUUCUCUCUCUAGAUUCCGAUACAAACUUUCUUCUGAGCGUGUUGUCUGCCAGAUCCCGGCAAAUUUGAACUCAAUUUGAUUUCCUCAAGCCGAUUGCUUUCUCUCUCUAGAACUCUGAUUGAGAUUUUUGUUGUCCGUACUGCAUUCUCUGAAGAGGUACGCUGUUUCGCUGGAUUUGUUUUGGAACUAGAAGUUCUGGCUGCAGCUAAAAUUUUCCAGUAGUUACCGAAGAGCUAGUCUUUUUCCCGGCAGCUAACCUUGAAGAUUUUGUGAAUGAAGAGAUUCAACUUUGAAAAUAUCCAAAAAGAAGGUUUUCACAUAGCAACAUCUAAGUUUGGAUUUUAUAAAUGUUGAUCAUUGCAUCAGUUCGAGCUCAAUCAGAUCCAUAUAGUAUCUUGGAUUUUUAAUAAUGGAUCUCAUGAUUUCUACUUUGCAUCAAGGUGAAGGGAGGUUCAUAUGAUUUCCGGGAUCAAGUGUAUUAGUGAUCUUUGAGGAAAAACAUUGGUUUUGUUUGAUCGUUGCUUCUAGUUACACCUGCAUAAGAGUGAGAUGCUGGAGACAGAAUAUUGCCACUCGCAGGUUUUAUCGCCUUUCCGUGAGGAAAGCGGGGAUGAAGAGCUGUCCGUUCUUCCAAGACAUACAAAGGUUAUCGUGACAGGGAAUAACAGAACAAAGAGUGUUUUGGUGGGUUUGCAAGGGGUUGUCAAGAAGGCAGUUGGACUUGGCGGUUGGCAUUGGCUGGUUUUAAAAAAUGGGGUUGAGGUCAAGCUCCAAAGGAAUGCUUUGAGUGUGUUAGAACCUCCUACUGGGAACGAAGAAGAUGAUGAUUAUAAUUUUGAUGAUUCCAGCAGUGUAUCUGAUAUUGGUGAAAAGGACCAUCAUCGCAUUUCUGGCUUUCACUUCAGCAAGAUCAGCAAGUCAAGGGUUCGGUAUGGCAGACCAUGGUCAUCAUCUGCAUCCACAAAGUCAAUUAAUCGCAGCAGUUGCAGAGAAGUUCACUCCAAUUGUGAUGCAGCCCAAAUGAGAGUUAAUCUGGCGAAGCUUGGAACUGGAUCAUUGUGGAGAUAUUUGCGAAGCUUCCAAAUCGCACAUAGUAAUCCUAACCCCACAAAGGAACAAUUGGUUAACGCCGUCCAGCAGCAUUUUUCUUCACUGCAAGUGGAUGAGGUACAAGUGAUUGUGGAAUUUAUCCAUGCAGCGAAGAGACUACAAUCAGUCCGUACAGAUUGAGAUGUGAGAUUGAUUGCCAAAGGUCAGAGUUCCUCAAGUACCUGUAAUAUAUAUGUAUCUAGUAGAUAUACUUGUGUACCGCCACUCUAGUUCACCUCUAAUUAACAGCUAAUCUAGUGACCAGGUGUGUGUGAUUCUUACUUAUCCUCUAAUCCUCGAACCACAGCCUUGUAGUAUUAUGCCUCAUCGGCUGAUUAUUAUUUAUUAUGAUCCUUAAAUUCAUAUCCUUCUUGUCCA